ACGAACCAGUGUGGUCACGUAAGCCCACCAUACCGCAUGGUGGAUACAUGUUUCCUUUAACUAGACGUCGUCUAAAAUGCUAUAAUUGUGUAUUGUUGUUAUUUUGCAAGGGACACAACGAACUUGUGGAACAGCCACUUCCAGCCUUGCAUACGAGUGCUGGCACAUACCUGGUUUUGUUUAAAUAUUAUUGGAACACAAUUGAAUCAUAAUCCGAAUAAUCCAAAAAAAAAUUGGAGCUUUUAAUAUUUGCUCCUUAUCACUAAAGCACUGUUAAAAAUGAAGUGGUCACCCGGUGCUCUAUUCUGCGAACAAGUUGGUGAAUUGACUCGAGUUUUCUCACAAUGGAAUGAAUGCGAGCAAACUGUAGUUUUAUAUGCACUACUUCGUCGCAUUCCUGCAGUUCAAGCAAGGUUUCUUGCACAAGCAGUGCAGCAUUCCUUGCACUCUGUUUCUGAAUUAGACUCACAGGAACUAAAUGCUAAUAAUCCAGCAUUUAUUAACUCAUUGCUAUCAGAAUCAACAGAAAUUGCUAUAAAUCAACUUUUAACACAUUUGCCAUUAUUAAGGCCUGGGAAUAUAGAGUGCAAACAAUGUUACUUAGUAGCAAUACCAGAAUUAGUAAGCCAUUGUGUAACUACAGGGCAAUUUACCGAACAAACUCAACAACUGUUAAGUUAUUGUUUGAUUCAUCCAGCUAUAACUAGUCAAGAUAGACGUUCUUUGACUCAGUGGCUUCGACAUCUUGAAGAACGUAUUAGUGGUACACCACCAAUACACAGUCUCGAGGAGUACACUAGUACUACUAUUAGAUGGGAUAAUGCAUGGCAGCGAAAUUCUAAACAGCAAAGUGAACAGACAAGUUUAUUUGGCACACAAUCAGGUACUGCCUUCAAUUUGCAAUUUCCUCCACCUGUAACUCGUCAACGACGAUCGAACAGUUUAACACCACCCGUUGCUCCAUCUCAUCAUCUAGAAGUUGUUGAUCGCAGUAACAAUAUAAAUUGCACAACUAAACAUAAGCCACGAAGCUUCAGCGUAUCUGGGGAUCAUACAAGCAAUCUUAUUGGAUUAGGCCCACUGAGUCCUCAAAGUUCUUGCGCAAGUAGCGGCAGCGAAGGGCGUUUAGAUGAAACAUCUACUCGAUCGCUUGCUAGUGGUAUGAGAGAUGUCCCAUCAUGGCUUAAAACUUUACGCCUUCAUAAAUAUAGUUAUCUGUUUGUUACUCUCAGUUACGAAGAAAUGCUUCAGUUAACUGAGGAACAAUUAGCAGAACAAGGCGUGACGAAAGGGGCCCGACAUAAAUUAGCCCUUUCUAUCGCAAAAUUGCAACAACGCUAUACAACACUUCUAAAUUUAGAGAAAGACUUAUUACAACCAACGCGCGAUAAUACACAAUCGGCUUCGUUUUUACAAGGUCCAACAGUAUUGAUUAAUACGAUCGAUGAAUUAAAAAUGAUCUUAGCUACUCCCAUGAAACCCAGCCAAGAAAAUGAUCUUCAGGAUAUACCUGCACAAUUCACCAAGGUUCUUGGAAAACUGUGUAGCCGGUUGGCACUGGAUAGCGUGGAUGACGGUAUUUUAUGCGCUUGUAUUAACAUAUUAGAGAAAGUAUUGCAGCAUGAUUGCUUUACUCCAAAUCAAAAGGAGAAGGUACAACAAUGGCGCAGUAGACUUGGAAAUCCACGACCGAUUUCAAAAUGGCAACAUAAUUAUGGCUACAAUAAUAGAAGGUACUGUAACCCCCAGCAGCACAAUAGAAAACCAAGUUUAAACUUAGGACACGUCCAUAAUACACAUCCGCAAAACAAUUCUUUUGUGGUUAGCACUCACAGAAACAGUAUAUCUACACCAUAUUUACAAAAUAAUCAGAACCAAAGCGUAAAUCAGAAUACUUUACGUCCAGUCCACGCGACCAAAAAGCGACCUAGUUUACAAGAAUCUAGUUUACAGCAGUUACAAAGAACGUUACAACGCACAUACAGUGCACCGAGGGAUCAUUUUCUUAGCCCGAGUAGCAACAACGCAUCCGAAACAACGGAGCCAGAAAUCAACUCUCGUCUCGAAUCUCUUUGUUUAAGAAUGACGGAACAAGCAAUCGGUGGUUUCGGUGAGGCCUAAUCAAUUCUUUGUUUUUUUCCUUGACUGGAUCUACACAAGUAAGUCCUGUUAAAAACAGAAAAAUUAUAAAACGACAUAUAUGUCCGAGUUCCGUUCUUUCAAAGUCGAAGGCAAGACUGACGCCCUUACAUUUUGCGAGAAUAAAGAGACUCCGACAGCAAUGAUAAAUGCUGACAAGUAGCACGUAUAAACGUGCAUGCAUUCUCACGCUUUAAUAGACCUACCAAAUGAAAUGUCCAACAUUUGAGACAUUUACACCAAGAAAACCCGAUUUUGCGAUGUCAGAACGACGCGCGAAGGAAAACUAAAAAAAAAUAUUUUUUAUUAUAUCUGAUGCAAUUAUACUAUUUAAUUGAAACUGACAGAAUUUGGCAAGCCAAAUGCUAUUAGGAAGAUAGAUUCUUUCCUUGACUAAUUGCUGCAUCUAUAUAAAUGUAUUAUAUAAAGAAUAUAUAUGUAUACACAUAUGAGAUAGAAUUUUAUGGGAAGCGGAUAAAAAAACGUAUAACAUAUAUUAAAACGAAAAAAAAAGGGGACGAAAAAGGUACACCACAUUAAUUGUGCGAUGUUUGCAAUAUUAUUAUCUUCGUGUGUUAUCCAUUUCGGGAAAUGGAAUUUGUCUGAUUUUAAGCGCCAGGACACAUUAUAUACUAAUGUAUUCAUUUUAACGAACUGACUGAUUUUACUUCUUUUUAACAUUACUACGAUAAUUAUCUCUCCGUUCUACUUUCUUAUUGCCACCGCCGCUAUUGCUACUACUUAUUACUCUAUGUUUUGUCACCAUUGUUUAUUACUAUUCCGGCCGAUAGCUAAUUCGCCACACCAUCAUUCUCAUUAUGUUCAUCAUUGUCUUUACUGCUUGUCAUAUUAUUAUUACUAUUAUCAUCAUCAUUAUUAUAGUUAUUACUACAAUUAUUACUAUGUAAACUCUUAUUACUGCUACCGUUUACUACCAUUUCUCUGGGUGACCACUAACACCAUUAUUAAUAUGCUUUCACGCUAUUGCUAUUUUUACCCUCCUAUCGUUACGACUGUUUCUACCAUUAUCAUCUAUCAGCUAUGCUAUUACUAUUACCAUUACCCUACUACAAGUAGCCCUCACAACUACUCUUACUAUUAUGAGUACUGCUAAUACUAUAACAUUAUACUCUCCCCGCUAUCGUCAUUAUUACUGUAUAGUUCUCCUUAGAGGAAAUGGAAAAUCAUACUUAAAAGAUAUAAUACACAAUAUUACUUCGUUACAUACAUUGAAAGAAAAGGAAGAAAGGAAAGAGACGAAGCGCUGUCACAUGUACACGUUCUAAAUUCGCCUUCGCAAUCACGAUUGUUGGAGAAAAAAGAAUAGGAAAAGAUGACAUGCAGCGGUGUGUAUACUUUGUAGUUUGCGCACAGAUCUCGUGAUUCUUUAUACUUUUACGCGAGGAAGAAGAUAAGGGAGAAAGCGAGAGAGAGAGAGUUACCACGUGUCUCUUCUUUUAAAGUCGCAGUUAACAACUAUAAGUAGAAGAGGAUAGGAAGUACUGAAGGAAAGAAAGAGGGAGUAGUGGAAGAAGGCGAAGAGAUUAUUAAUAAUAAAUGGAUUUUUUAAGGCCUUAGAAAGGUAUAUGUCUCGUGCUAACGAACGCUAAGAAGGGUAUAAGACUAAAUAAUUAAAUAUACACAUGUAGCGAAACGAGUCGAGGAAUGCUAGAAUUGAAAGAAAAACUUGCAUUAUGCUUUCAUGAUGCGACAUCGAAAUCUGUGGCUUUAAAUUAUAACCGUACACCAUACUAUAUAAAAUGCACUUAUUAGCACUUUAAUCGUAACUACGUCGCGAGUAAAACCGUAGCAUAAUAUUUUUCGUGCAACAAGGUUAGGGAGGAAGAAGGAGAUACGAGAAAGAAAAAAGAUGAAACGGGUGGCGAUGAUUAUGAUGAAAGAACGAGAAACAGAAGUGAAAGAAAAAGGAACAUGUAAAGAUACGGGAAAGAUUAAAUUUAAUAACUAAAUAUAAUAGUAUUAGCGAUAAACUGAUAUAACGUAUCGAUAAACAAUAUAUGAGACAAGCAAACAAAUAAGCAAAAAAAAAAACAAAUAUAUAAACGAAAGACUGAACAAUUCACGCGCCGUGAGCCGCGUGGUGAAUUUCGGGCGUUUCUACAUUCGUUUAAUUCUCGAACAGCUGCACGGCCGCGUGAAUAAAAACAAUUGGAAGACUGUGGAAGGAAAAACCUGUCAAAAUAUUAAGAAUUAGAGAACGAAGCGCGAGAGGAAAGAGAGAAUGAAGACAAAAAAUCGAGUGAAAGAGAAAAUUGGAUGAAAGGGCGGGAGAAGAAGAGAAUACGUUUGUAUGUGCGUGCAUGUGAGAGUAUAUAUCAAGUUAACGAGAGAGUAAUUUGCUAGCUAUAUAUCUAGGUUAUAACGAUUUAUUCUAAUGAUUAUACUCUUAUUAGGAUCAUGAAUCUACGUAAUGGCGCGCGGUGAUUUCUCGGUUAAUUAAUUAGCCUGUUUGAAUGAAAAAAGAAAUCGUCUACACGAAAGGAUUAGAUUAGAGGAACGAUCAAUCGAUACGAUAUUUUGCGGUGAUCAUUCAUCCCCCAUAUUCUUUCCCCCUUUCUAUAAUUAUGAGGAAAAAAAAGAACAAAUUGACGAAAGAAUCGAGUUUCAUAUACGAUUUUACGUAUACGCUCAUCCUAUUCACGUAUACAUAUACACGUACAUAUAGCAUGCAUACAUAAACACUCGUAUACACAGACGGACAUUACGUAUAUCCGACUAGAAUCCCAGAGAUGUUUCGUAUAUAGACAGGAAGGCAAACACGUAAUAAUUUUUCGGGAGAGACGGUCAAAAGCUAGUCAAACGUGAAUACAAUUUCUAAUUUCUACCACUUUUAAAUGUGUAUAGAUAUUAUUUGUACAUUUAAUUGCGCAAAACGGGGAAAGGAAAAAAAAAGAAAGAAAAGAAACGAAUGAAGGUUAAAAAGUGAAAGCGAGGGCGAGCGCGCGCGAUUUGAAAUCUUUAAAUGAAAAAAAGAUAAGAAAUGAUAAAAAAAAAGAAAGAAGAUAAGAACGAAGAUAGGAGAGAAAGAUCUAGAGAGAGAGAAGAAAACAGGUGGAGGAAAAAGAUAUAUACGACGACUUUAGCGUUAACGCAUGCAAGAAUAAAAGCUGAAAGACUGCUUCCAAACGACUUCAGGAAAUUCGUUCAACGUAGGAUUUAUUAUUUCAUACUGAAACGCAGUAUCUAAAUAAACGCGAUCAAUUUUAAAAAGGGCAGGACCUGAACUAGCUAAGAAACGCAAAGAGAUAUUAUUCGCAUCGAGCGAACAUGCAUGAUGUGUUUAUCAGAAAAAAUUAAAAAAAAAAGGAAAAAAAAAGAAAGAGAAGAAGAAGAAAUAGAAAAAUGUAACGGAAGCGUGAUUCUGCCAAAGAUCGACGACCGCUGAAACGAUCACAAACGAACGAGAAAAGAACGAGGAAUACGAAAUCCGAUACGUUUGUCGACGCCCUGUCUUUGUUUAGAAAAUUGUUGUUUGCCAGGUUUCGAUGCUAACGAGCCACGCGAUAUUUCUUGCGAAAGUGACGCUAUGCGAUUCCACAAUUUUAUACCGUGUAUAUUCCAAUAUCAAGGUCACACGGUCGCAUGCAUUAGAUUAUUAGCAGAUUGCGAACGUUUAUUCAGAUUUUUACGAAUACGACUGAACACAGGAUUUACGUUGAAAUUUGUUCUACUUUUUAAAUAUUACGUACUUCGCUAUAGAUAUUUUGUACAUUCAUAUAUAUAUUACAGUAUGCAUUCUCUACGUUUUCAUACAUUUAAAUUUUUCGUAAAUGGAUAAACCUCCGCAAUCUAAUCAUUAAAAAUUUGAACCUGUCGAAUCCCAUUGGCGCCACGAUUGCGAACAAAAUCGUCUGCAUUGAAGCCAAUCUUGAUACGAGGCAAAGCAGUUAUGGUGUACAUCACGCGCAUAAACGAGAUACGAAGGGAACGUUGCACUUAUAGUACUUACGCUGUCGUUAUAUAUCGAGUCCACUGUUUGGUCGUGGACAAUAUUCCAUAAAUUUUGCCUCAUAUAGUCGUGAGGGAUAACUGGUGCGGUGGCUUUCGGCAGAAGCACAGCUUACUGCGAUUCGAUAGCAUCGAAUGGAUAAGACGAUGUUAAAUUUAUAUUCUCACCAUUGAAAUUCUGGAGACUUUCGGGUGCAGUGCCUUUUUAAAAGGACGAUUUCCUGGCGUUACUAGAUUUCGUUAUCGGUAUAAGUCGAUUGGAAAAAUAUGAUGUGUGAAUACUUUACCUCCACAUCGUAUAAAAUUGAAGUCAUAUUUAAAAAGAAAAAGAACAUUUUUUUAUUUUUAACUUUCUUCUAUAUUUUUUUAUAUAUUCGUAGCAUAGAACAUGUUUAAAAUCAAAUUCAACAACGAACACGUAACCAACUGUACUGCCCUCGUCGAUUAAGAACUAUUAUCUCCGAUUUUUAUCUUUACUUCCCUGCGCCGUCCUUUAUCUUUCUUCGUUAAAUAAUAUCGAUUCGAAAAUAUUUAGUAAUUAUAUCCUAAUAGGCUGUAUAUAUAACUUGUUUUAAAAGACACGGGUUGCCUCGAAUAUUUGCAUGUUUUAAAAGAUGGAAAGGAAAAAAGAUGUUAGAUGAAACAUUUUAUUUAAGAAGGGUUCUCUAGUCAUAUAGAACUUCGUAGAUUUGAUAUCCCAGUUAAAUCACGAGUUAAAAGGCUCCUAAAUAGAAUUUAAAGUAAACAUUUUGGGAACUGAUAGAUCAUAAGGUCGAAACCGUUGAACUGCGUAUCUCAAAUUUGGUUCAGUUCUCAUAGGAACACGUAGAAUUUAUAUAUAUAUAUAUUAUUUUUUUAGAUCUUUCAGAGCUAGCCAGCUUUGUCAGUAUAUUAUGAAAUUUCUGAAAAAGUUGGCUGUAACGCUAUCAAAGAAUUCUUCUAAAAGGAUGCUCUAUACACGCGGAAAAUGCUUUGGUAAUUUCGAUCGGUAAGAAAUCAAUUUGUGAAAGCUUCGAAUUCACCGAUAUUUGUACCAGCCAGAGUUGUGCAAAGAUGGCGGCCAAGAUGACAGGCCGUCGCAUUAUAGAUGCGCAGACGUUUGACACUCGACGAUCAGUCGCCAUGCUUAUCCAUUCGUUGCAUUUGCUUUUAAUCCGCUUCAGAGAUUAUGAUCUCUUGUACCGGCGCGGGGACAAAUGAGUUAUUAAAACGCUAUAUAGCACAGGAUAUACUCUUUGGCCGGAUGCUUGCGUUUCAGGUGAUCGACUACUUAGAACUCAACUGCGGAUUUUUAUGCAUCUACAGGAAAUGUAAAGGCGCGAAAAUACACAAAAUGUACAUGUACAAUAUAUUACAAUAUUUCAUAGUUGAAACGAUUUUCUAAUUAAUGUUCCGUUCUUCUGAUUAUAUUAAUAUGAAAAUAUGAAUUUGCAUAAAUAUCCGUAGUCUACAUACUUAGAGCGUACGCGUAGUAUGUAUCUCGAUGAGAUCGAGAUUACAAAAAACAAGUGAGAACAUGUAGCCGAAUAACUCAUCGUCUCGAAGGACGUAAGUAAUGGAAGAAAUUAAAUUUUCGCUAACAGCGUAUAUAUUAAAGAAAGGAACAAAAAAGAAAGCGAACGAAAAAGAGCAAGUUUCCGGCCGAAAUAAAGCGUCAUUGACGAUAACCCAGGUAGCAAAAUAAACAACCAUCGACUGACAUUUGCUUCGACGAGAGAAAGAAGCUAGGCAAAAACGGAAGAUGCGCUUUAAAAACGCGUUUAUACGGAAUAGGAGCAGCUGAAAGAAUAGAAAGACGAUCUGUGUGUAAUCACGCGUGAAAAUGUAACGCCUCUUCGUGUUGGAAGGGCUUCUGCUCUUUUUUUAGGUGUGCUUUGGCCGGCGAACGCGACCAUUUGACAUGUUUCAAUUUUAACAAGUUCAUGUACGAAGCACGUUGAAUGUGUUUAGCUUUUUGUAUCUUGUCGAUUGCGUUCGAUUCGGUCGUUUAUGCAUUACGGUUCGAACGAUACGGAACACUUCUCUUUUCUUUUUCUUUUUGUUUCCUUUCUUUUCUCGUUGUUGUUUUCUCUUCGAUUCUCCUGUUUCCAAAUCGCGCGUAUGUGCGUGACACGAGACGACGUAUCGACUCGGACGAAGUUUCGAGUAGCAAAUUCAGCGAACCGUAAAGCAAACGCCGAUUCUAUUCUGGUAUUAAACAGGAGAGACAGAGAAUUCGUCGAUAUUUGACGAGAUAGAUACACAUUGUAGAUGAAUUUAUCGAUCCGAUUGAUUUAUCGAAGGUGGAUGAAUUCCAUUUGAGACUGGUAUGUUGCGUUUUGGCCAAAGAAUGCCUCUGCUAUACACGGCGCCUUCUGUUAAUUAUUAAGAGACGUAGCUUUUGAAUUAUCAGAUUGCUAACUGGGAUAUUUUAGUCACGUAAGCUGGAUAACUUGUAAAAAUGCAAUUUUUGUACUGUUAUAACGUUAAAUAGACGAAGGUAUACUGACGUUGUAGCGUGAAAGAACAUUUUUCAAUAAAAAAUUUUUCAUACGCAAACAACUUAAUGUGUUCUUCUCUUUAUAGGUACAGUGGCGUUAAAGUGACAUUAAUAUUUCUAUAUAUUUGUUUCUAAUAAUCAAUUAGUCAACUGUUUUUUUUUUAGAUAUAUUAGUACAACUACUGUAGUUGUUAUAAAUAUAUGUUUUCUUCGUCUAACGCACAUAGUUUUUCUAAAUAAAAAAUAAUAAGCUGAAUAAUUCUCAAAAUUCUUGAGAUGUCGAAGAAUAUUAAUGUGUCUGUAAGGUCUGCAAUUGUCAUAAUCUGUGGUAACGUAUUAAUGUGGCAAACGAAAUGUUAGUCGUUUGGUGUGAUAAUGGUGGAUUGAUCGUUUGUUGUAAGUGUACAAGAUGGCAUCUUUUAUGUUUUAGAAUGUAACUUACGUGGUAUCAUCCGCAAUAAUAAUUUUAUCAUUCGAGGUUUGUGUGGUGUACGAGAUAAUGUUUUAUUAAUUUGCAAUUCACUAAAUAGUUCCUUUUCUGUUAUCGGAUAGUCGUGGUAUACAUUUUAUUUCAUUCUAUUAAUUAUAAGAAUCUGUUGUACUACGUGAGAAAUGCAAUUUCUAAUUCCUUCUGGUAGCGAGAUAAAGUACCAGAAUCUUUGUUUUUGACCAAUUCAACGACUCAAUCAACCAAAAUUAAGAUUGCGUCCGUUGAGCAAAUUCUUGGAAUUGUAGAGUGUAGAAUGAUCUCAAACGAGAUUUGGCCCUCGAUGGAUUAUACCGUUAGAUAAAGAAAAAGUGGCGUUAUGAUAGUUCUCUAAAUGAUAUUUAUUUCUGAUACAUUUCAAAGUUUUUGAACUGUCCGAAAGACAAUCCUGCUGCGCUUUAGUCACGAAGGAUACAGUAAACGUUAGUACAUUACCGUCAUAUAAUAUCGAUAUUUAGACCUGCUUCGAUAUCGUCGAAGGCCGUACCUAAACAAGAUUUCAUAAACUUUUUAGCACGGGCAUUAUUAGGUACAUACACGUAGGUAGACUUAAUAAUAUAACAGCGCGUCGUUUUCAGAUUGCAUCUGUUUUUUUAAAUUACCAAAUAUACGAGAAAUUUAUUUCACGCCUUUUAUAAUCGCCUCGCCUUAAAAGAUUCGUUCUCUCUGUAAAACACUUUAUAUCGUCAAAUCUGCUUUCAAUAUAAUUACGUGUUAACGUGCGUUUUUCGUACCUAGUACAAGUAACUACGAAAUAGUAAUAAAUACUUAUAGCCUACUUAACGAUUCUUUAAAUGCAUAAAGUAUAAUAAGUUCAGAGGACAAGGUGGUACGCUUGUGACUCCUGUUCUUCAUUGAGAAUCUGCAUUGAUGUUAUAUUGACUUCUUUUGUUCUCGAAGACUGGACCAAUACAGUUUCGUUACACUAGAAGUUUUAUGACUAUUAUAAUGAAAUAGUAAGUUAGUAUCUUGUUCGUGCAGUUUGUAGUAGCGAAUAAUAGAUGUUUGAUUUAUUAGACGUGAAAAAUGAACAAAUACUUGCUGCAUAUACCUUUGAAUUAUUUUACAAGUAGUCUUUGUUAGUUUGUGAACACAUUUAUUCUACAAGAAUCUUUGUUUGAGAACAUGUUAUAGUAUAUAUAAUACAUGAUAAAUGUGACACUUUAUUUGGAAGUAUAAUUUCUUUUAUAUAGAAAAUUAUUUUUCCACUAAGUAAUUUUCUGGUAGUUCUUUUGAAGAUUAUUUCGAGGGAAGAUGAGAAACAUAUUGAAAUGAAAAAAGAUCAUAUCUUUUUCAGAGAGAAAGUACUUAAGUCCUGUCAUCCAUAACAUAUUUGAAUAUGUUAAAAUCAUGUAAUUUCUCCAUACGUGUUGUUUAUCUUAAAUAAACAUCUUGCUCUUAACAUUAAUCAUGGUGUACAAUCUACAGCAGAAGUUUUAUGCAAGGAACAGGAGUCAUUCACCGUUUUCUUUAUCGACGCGUUUCAUUAAAUAUAUCCAUAUAAUACAUGCUUAAGACGUUACGUUAUCAUUUAUCGUAUGCUUAAAUGGUAUAAACAUCGACUCUUUCAUUCCUCGAUCGCUCACUUGCUCUAUACACAUAUGUACAUCGACCAACGGCAUGAUCCUCGGCAUUUUGUCAGCAUAUAUGAACAAAUCGUGUCUCGUUUAGACGCGUCAAAAAUUGCGAGGAUGUUGUAAACACAGUUUAAAGGCAGCUUAAUGCUAAACGGAUUAGUAGACUGUAGAUUCUUAUGCAUUUAUGGUGGAAAUUUAAAAGUGCAGAAUUGCACAAGGAUACAUAUAACAGUUAGUGGAUGUUGUUCAAAACAAUAGUUAAUAAAUAUUAGAAAUUGGAGUUGGAUGAAAAUUGUUUCUAUGGAAACACCUAACUUACAUGACUUAUGUAUUAUUAUUUCAGUAUAUCCACAUUGUCAGCGUUGAGAUUUUAGAAUGAGUUGAAUAUGCGUUUACAACUAUACUUGAAGGUUCAUACAGAUUUUAUGUGGUGUCAGCUAUUUAUCAGAGAUAAAUAUGGACUUUAAUCGAUGUAGGCAUAUUCCUUGUGUCAGUUUCAAUGUAGCAGAACAUUUAAUCUCAUUUACAGGAAGAAAUACAGGAUUCUUGUAUCAUAAUGUUGAAAAUAUAACAGAAAUAUACAUCAAUGUCUUGAUUGGAUUACAUCAAGUGUUUAAAUACUUAUGAUGCAGGGCAUACGGUGCUUUCUAAAUAACACUUGACAGGUAUGUAAAACAAUUUUCUAUUUUCUUACUGAUAUUGUAACAAGUUUCUAUUUCUUCAAUAGUAUUCUCAAAAGAUUGCAUAAAAAUCUGCAGUCUGUAGAUUAGAUUGUUUUCUUUACUUCUUUUACUUUUAUUCUUUUAUUACAGAUUGGCAUUACACAGCGACAUGACUUAAGAUUUGUUGUGUCUAACCCUGUUUUUCAAAAGAUUUUUCGUUUGCUAUUCUCAUCGAGAACGUAUAUUUUCUGAAAGUAUCAUCGAUGCAAACGCAAGAUAGUGACGAAAUUUUUCAUUUUCGUUUAACAACUAUCACUUUGAAUUAUCCGCUGAAUAACUCCUAAGCGAUGACCUAUUGUUUAUAUUUGUUAUAAAUAUUUAUUGUUUAUCAUAUACAGUGUUUGGAAAAAGAUUAAGUGAAGAAGCGAUGCCAUUUUUUUACAAGGUAAAGUUUCAUGGGUUUAUUGGAAACACGUUGAUCGUCAUUCUCGUAAUACUCUCACAUAAACAGCGCAUUAAUUAAGUUUAUUAAUUAACGACGUAUUUUUUAGCUGCUUAACAGGAGCUGUUUAUACAUACAUAUAAAACUUUCGACCGUUUUGAUCAAGUAAAACAGUAAAACGUUGCGAGCCUACCAUGUAAUUAUAUAUAGAAAAUAAUAUCGUUCCAAGUACUCUACUUUGUAGUUUAUAAUAGCAAAGAAUAACAUGUUUGAAAUAACUUAAUUUUUUUUAUUUUUCAGGUGAAUUUCCAAAUAAUUUAUUCAUCCUUUCAAAUUAACCUUAUUCUUUAUCUUAUUAUUAUUAUUAUAUAUAUAUAUAUAUAUUUUGUUUUGAUUAAUUUCUAAAUUCUUUCGUAAAAGAAUUUAUAUAAAAACUGAUGGAUUAUACUGAGUUAUUAAUUUCACUUUUUUUUAUAUAAGCGAAUAUCAAUCCAAAAAGUAAUAUUAUAAACAAUAUAAAUUCGAGAAUACUUCGUAAAAAAUAAUGUCAUUGCCAUUCCGCUAUUUAAAAUUAUAUUUUGUUUUAUUAUAUAUUAUUAACAUCGUAUAUCUUCGAUUCGUGAAAUAAUUGUAAAUAUGUACGAACGAUCACAAAUACAUUCAAAUUUGAAUUUCAAUACAAAGCAAAAGUCUCGCUAUCGAAGGAGGAAAAGAAAAAAAGAAACAUAAAUAAUAUCCCGAUUUCGACUAGGCAACGGACCACAGUCCCUUAUCGAUCACUGAUUUCACGCUUUGCGGCUUCUUCGUGGUUCCUUUUCGUUUGAACCGAUACGAGUACAGAAUCCAUAAAUAGCACAUCAGUCACAUAACAUACGUGUAUAAUUAUAUAUAUUUAUUUGGUGACGUUUCCCGGUUAAACAUUUUAAAUACAAAAAGAGAGAGGGAGAUAGAGAGAGAGAGAGAGAGAGAGAGAGAGAGAGAGAGAGAGAGAGAGAGA